AAACUAUACUGUAAACAAUUUCAUUAAUAAGACGUGUAACGUGUUUGGUAUAAAUUGAAAAAUUAAAAUUUAACUUAAGUAUUAUUGGUAGUAUUAUUGAAUUUAAUAAUUUAGUUGAAAAUAAAUGUAUACAAAUUACUUUAACGUUUGUUAAUUUUUAGUGAGGCAUAACCAUGUCUUUAUAAUUAUCUAUAUAAUCGUGUUGUAACUAAGGAAUUUAUUCAUAUUUAGAUUUUUAUAUUCAAAUUUAAUCCUUUGAAUAAAGUUCUUACAAAAUGUAUCCAAAUCAAUACAACCAACAGUAUAAUCAAUACAAUCAACAAUAUCAGCAAUAUCCACCAAAUUAUUAUCAAAUGUAUAAUUAUAAUCAACAACCUACGUACACUCCUACACAGCCUGUUCAACCAGCUACAGCGUUUAUUAAUCAAAACGUACCAGUACAAGUAACUGCCCAACCAGUACCAUUACCUUCUACUGGACUAAGCGUUUCAAGUUUGUGGAUGGGAAGUGUAUGUUUAAUGAAAUAAUUUAUGUAUUAGUAUUUGUUUAACAGUAAAAUUUGAAUUGUGUAGCUAGAACCUUAUAUGACGGAGAGUUUUAUUACGGGUGCAUUUCAAAAGAUGGGAGAAUAUCCGAAGAAUGUUAAGUUAAUGCGUAAUAAAAAUACUGGAGAGACGGCUGGAUAUGCAUUUGUUGACUUUUAUGAUCCAGUAUCUGUAUUACACAAACUUAAUGGAAAAUAUAUACCUGGUUCUAAUCCAGUAAGUAUAUAUUUAUACAGAUAUAUAUAUAUAUAUAUAUAUAUAUAUAUAUACAUUAUUAAAAAGUAACUGUGAAAUAUUUGUCUAGGAGACGCCAUACUCACAUGUGCUGUCCUCAUUAUAGAACUGUGUGACAAAGCAAAAUUUUGUUCAGCAGGUACAACUGUGUGCCGUUAGUUUUAAUAUUAAAGUGAAUUGAUCAAUUAUCAAAGGUAAAAUAUUAUUUGUGUUUUUUCAUCAUUAUUUCCCCUAUAAUUUAAAUUUUUAAGUGAGAUUUAAGUGUGUCAAAUUUAAAAAUGCUUAUAUCUUGCUUAAAAUUUAAAAUUACAGUGAAAAAACAACGAAACUAUAUAGAUAAUGUUCUUAUCUUUAAGUUUGAUUAUUAUUAUUAAAUUUGUGUUCAACAACCAUACAUAAAUAAUAUAAAUAAAAUUAAUUUAUAAAUACGAACAAAAACAAGUAAAUAUAUGAACUUUACAUUUACGUUUAAUGAUGGGUCAAUUCACUCAAAUAUUAAAUCAAAUUGCACCUACAGGUCCCUAUAGAAUAAGAAUUUGCUAUUUUGUUCAAUUAUAUGACAGAAACAGCAUAUGUGAGUAUAGCGUCCUCUCAAGAGAAUAAUUUUUGUUGUCUAUCUAACAUCUAUUAAAUUAAUUCUAUCUAGUUAUUUAAUAAUCAAGUAACUUUUGUUUUUUUAGAUUCUUCAUGGAGCAAGGAAUUAACUGGUUUUACAAUGAUAUUUUUUUUUUCUGUGGACAACUUUACUACUAGAAAUUUUGUUCCGAUUUACAAUAAUACCACUUUUGCUGAAAGGAAAUCAGACUGGGUAGGCACAUUAGGAAAGUCAAUUUUUUUCAUUUUUCUGCGAGUUUUCCAUUUAUUUGGAAAAAACGAGGAUAUAGGUACAUUACUUAACAAAUAUUAUUGAAGAAAAUCUAUAAUGCAUAUGUAAUUACCAUUAUAUGGUAUAUUAUAUUAUAUGGCAUAUAUUGUUGACAAAGCAAUUGAACCCCGCUCAGAAUCGUUUUUCAUUACCAAUGGUUAAUCGUUGCUUACAGAUAUAUAUUAAAUUACCUAUAUUAGUGGCUGCACCAGUCCCCAUUACCCUAGGACAGGUUUUUUUAGAAUCUUAUUGUUCUAAAAUCUAAUGAAAACUGACUUAUUUGUAAAAUAUGAAAUUGUACGGAUAUGUGCCUAGUUAUAUUAUUUUAAGAGUGUGGUUAUGUAUUAUAAAUAUUAUAUUUUAUAAUGGUAAUAGCUAUUUUAUUUGGAGAUGGGAUGUAGAUAAGAGGUUAUAUAUUAUAAAUGUAGGUCAACAUAUGAUUAAAUAGUGGUUUUUUAUAAAAAUACUAUAAAUUAUUAAUUAUUUUUUCUCACAUAUAUAUUUUUUUUGUUUUCAUGCUGAUAAAAGUAAUAGAUAUAUUAUAAAAUGUAUGAUAUUCUAGGAUGGAAUAAAGUAUUUUUUCAUAAAAAAGAAUAUUAUCACAGUAUUUGAGACAGCUAGCAAUUGUAUUUUCAUAAAUAACUAAAGAAAAAAGACUGACACACUUCUUACGUGGUUGGGCUACUGUUGUAGGUGAGAAGUUUGGAAGGUAGUCUAGGGGUAAUUGAAUGUAUAUCUGUAAAUGAUUCUAAGCUGAGUUUGGUUUUCAUUCAAUAAUGUUUGUUUAAUAGUGUACUUAUUUUUUUGUUUUUUCAAAAAAUAACCUCCUUAAAGUACCUCCCCAGUCAGAUUUCCUUUUAGAAAAAGUGCUAGCAUUAUAAAUCCGAGCAAAAUUGCUGGUAGAAAAGUUGUUCUUAGAGAAAUAUAUAAAAAAGUAAACACCAUUGUAAAACCAAUACAUUCCUCACUCUACUCAGUAUAUAAAAUAAUAUAAUUAUUGUAUUGUCCAAUAUCUAUGCUCUAAUGCAGUAAUAAUUUGGAACAAAAGUCACAUAAUUUUUUUACCACCAAGUUCAACGUAUAAAAAAUCUUUUAUCUAAUUUUUGAAUAUUUUAGGGGGGUCAAACAAAUUUCAUUCACAUAAAUGUUGAAAAUAAAUUUAAAUAUAUGGUUAUUAGUAGUGGUCGGAAAUCAACACUCAAUGUAGUGCGCUACCAUUAUUGCUGGAUUUAAAAAAAAAAAAGGAAUUACCUUCAAUGAUUGAAACUUUUUUUUUAUAAGUUUGAGCACUACAAAAUUAGCUUUUUUAAAAAGUAGUGCAUUAUUUUUUUCAACAUAUAAAAGGGAACUUUACUAUUUUUGUCAAUCGUAUAAAAUGUACCUUAAAUAUUAAUUCUUACAGUAUAAUAUAACAGCAAUUUAUUUACAUUUUAAUUUUUCAAUAAGAGUAAAAGAAACUAUAGUUAUAUAUUUUAUUUUACUAUAAACUAAAAUAAAAAUAACAUAACUCCAGAUUAUAUAAUAUUUCUUUAAAUUCAUAAUUUUAUUUUGGUAAAAAGUAGCAAAUUUCGCGCUAUUUAACUGUGAAAAAUGUAGUGUUAUUGUGCUCUACAUUUCUUAACAAAAUAAAAUAAUGUGCCAUUUCCAACUACUGUUUAGGAUACACAAAAUUUCGUUUAUAAUGAAUAAAUAUCACUAUUGAUUUGUUGUAUUUUCAUGUGAACAACUUAAUGGGAACCUUGUAUAAUAUUUUUGAGCAUUUAUAUGAAGCCUAAAAUAUUGUAUCCAACUAAAAUAAAUCAAACAUUUAAAAUGGCUGUAAAUAUUUAUAGCUGUAUUAGAAUAUUUUGAAUAUAAUAUGACAUAUAAAAAAGUAUUCAGUGAGAAUAUCAGAUCUUUAUUAUUAUUUUUCACUGAGUUAUAAAAAAACAAUAUUCAUUUCAACAGACAGUAAAUAUUAAGUUUCUUUAGAUUCUGAGUGGAACAAAGAAGCCCAUGGUUUUACAAAGAUGUUUAUUUUUUUUUAUCUGUUAACAACUUUUCUACUAACAACUAGGUAUUAGUUAAAAUAUAUUACAGCCUUAAUGUUUUCAGUGCACAACUUUUAUACCAGCUAUUUUGCUCAAACUUAUAAUGAUAAAAAUGUUUUUUUAACUAAAUUUCUCUAGGAAGGUAGUUUAAAGAGGUCAUUUUCUGAUUUUCUCAGAAAAUAAGAAAAACUGGGAUAAAACAUGAGAAAACCACGAAGAACAUGGGAAAACCUGGAAAAUCAGUAUAACAUAUAUCAAAAUAUCAAUAUUAUCAAAAAAAAAAAAAAUAUAUAAAGGCUAUUUAUUUAAUUUUACUAUAAAAUGACAUAAAUAUUGUUGACAAAGCAUCACUAUCAACUGAAUUCCACUCAGAAUCGUUUUUUUGUAAGCAAUGGUUUAUCGUUGCUUACAGGUAUACAUUAAAUUAUCUACAACUGGAUGCGCUUGCCCUCAUAAUCCUAGUACGUCUUUUUUUUAUUUGGUUUUCCCCUUUUGUUAAGAUACAGAACAAAUCACAAAUAAUAUUUUCAUUAGAGACCAACCCUUCAUGAUUGAAACCAGUAUUUUGAUUGAAAACUUGUUUACUGGCAGACAAAAAAAACUUUCUCUCAGAAUUUUAAAUUCUCAAAAUAUUUGAUACAAAAUAAUAAAAUAAAAAUAAUAAUGCAAUUACAAUAUUGAUGUACUAUAAUAUAUAAUACAUUUUUAAGAUGGCUUCUAUGUAUGAUAAUAUAAAAAUAAUUAAACCGAUCAAAAUAUAUUUAGUUAUUCAAUUAUAUAAUUUAACAUACAACUUUUAAUUUAUAUAUUUUAAAUGAUUUUUUAGCCAAUUAGAUUCAAACUUAAUCACGCUGGAAAUCCUGGAAAAGUUCCUGUAAGUGAUAAGGAUUUCUCUGUAUGGUUAGGUGAACUAAGCUCAGAAGUAGACGAUUAUCAGCUGUAUAAAACAUUUGCUUGCCGAUAUCAAUCCAUACGUACAGCUAAAGGUAAUAUAAUUAAAUAAUGCUAAUGAUAUUGGUAAUGAAUAAUUGGUUAUUUUUUUUUCAGUUGUCUUAGACAACGCGGGUUACAGCAAAGGAUAUGGUUUUAUUCGGUUCGGCAACGAAGAAGAACAGAAACACUGUCUAAACAACAUGAAUGGAUUUCCUGGUCUUGGUUCAAAACCUAUAAAAGUUAGCUGUGUAAUCCCGAAAUCAGAACGUCACAUUGUUGUGUAUGUCAAUCUUUUAUUAUAUUUAAAUAAGCUAUAAAUUAAUAAUAUAUUAACAAUAAUUUUAGUGUUAAGCAAUACAAAAAAUUAAAAUAAUAAUCUUAAGUUGAAGUUGCUCAAAAACAUAAAAAUUAGUUAAGUUUAAGUUGUAUACGUUUUAAAAUAAAAAAAUUAUAAUAAAUGGAAAUUAUAUUUUAAAAAAUAUCUAUCUGCACUACUAUUUAUGAUAAAAAUUGUAUUUAUAAAAUUAUUAAUUACAUAAAACUUUACAACAAUGCUGAUUUUUUCUUAUUAAGUUUAUAAUAGAUACAAUUCAAUAACUAAUAAUAAUACAAAUAUAAGUAAUAAUAAUCAUAAAUUAAUAAAUUUAAAAUCACUCAGUAUCAAAAUUAUAUUAACCUUGUUUCAUAUUUAUAUUCUAUAUUUGUAAUUUCAUAAUGAAAUCGAUUUGAUUAAUGAUUGUAAUAUUGAUAUUAUUGAAACAAAAAAAUGUAUACAAUAUAUUAAAAUUUACUAGGCAAUUUAUAGUAGAAAUUGAACAUAAUUAUUUAAAUGUUCAAUAUCAAAUACAUUGUAAAUGUGAUAAUGCAUUCUUAUAUGUCAGAAUGUUUGAAAAAAAUAACGUCUAUGCCGAAGACAAAUUCUAAGUUUUACUUAACCAUUUAUUGUUUUACCAUAAAGUUCUUCACAAUAAUGUUUUACCACCAGUUUUUGAAUUGUCAAACCCAUUAUCUGGUAGCAUAUUCUUGUUUUCUGUUAACUUAACAUUUAUAGUUUAUUGCAGUGAAAUUUUAAUACAUCUUUGAAACAUGACAUAGUUUGUUAUAUAGGAAAAUACUAUGGCUUACCAUAGAUGUUUGUUGUAAAGUGGAAUUAAUAGUUUAUUGAAGCAAAGUUUUACUAGAUAAUAUAUAUUAAAUUUAAUAUUUUUUAACUUGCUACUUACACUAUAUUUAUUUAAAUUUUUUGUUUUAGUGCUACAAACGAUUCUCAAGGAUACAAGGCUAGUCAAGAUUAUGGACAAUAUUUUGAAACAAACUAUUGGCUUCGUUACUCUUUGUGGAAUCAACCAGUAAAUCAAAAGUAUAUAAAUAAGGCAGACCCGACUGUUGAAACAGCUGUUGCUAAAGCUAAUAGCAAUCUUACUCUCAUCGGUUUGUUAAAUGAACAAUUAAUAUUGAGGGGUAUCACGUUUUUAUCUGAGCUAUAUGAUUUAAAAAUAAUGUUCAGUAUAUUACUCUUUGGACUUUUUGUCCAAUUAAAUGCCAGAUUACUGAUAAUUAAUAAUAAUACAGUGAGAUAUGUAUAGUAUUUUUAAAACAAAUUAUUAAAAAUAAUUUUUAUCAGUUUGUUUUUAUUUUUGUAUUUUUUUAUAUACACUGAAUGUAUGUUAGUUGAAAUUAGUUUGUUAGAAGUAUAAAUGUUGAUAAAAUGUAUAUCUUUAAUUUGUAGGUUUUUAUUUAUUAAUUAGUAAGCUACUUAAUUGUAUUUGUUUUAAUUUUUCAGAUUAUAAAAAAUCAAUUGACAUAGACGCUUUGAACAAAGAUUUGGUUUCACAAGACUACAGUCUAUGGGAUGCGCUCGAAAGUUCUAAAUGGCUACCGAUUGACUCUAUAGAAAUUAUUUGAAUAUGAAUUGUAUUAUAAUAUUUCUAUUAUUUGUAUGUCAUUGUUUUAUUUUAAAUUGUGGCAAAAUAUAAAUUGAAAAAU